UCUCUCUCUCUCUCACCCACACGGCACAACACAAAUACUUGCUGGUGCAAGUGCUUCUCUGUGCUUCCCUGUUCAGUGAAUUCUUCUCUGAUACAUUACUUAUAAAUAUGAGAUCAGUCAAUUGCAAGAUGCACACACACAUACAUAUACACAUGUAUAUAUCUAUACAUAUGCGUGUCAUCUGUACUUACAUAUACUUAAGCAUGUAUAUGUACAUGUGUAUGUAUCUUUUAACUCAAGUGAGCUUAUGUGACUUACUUCAGAACAAAGGCUCUGAUAAAAGCGGAUGGAGUUUUCGUAAAAGAUCUGCUGGGCAUCGAGUGCUAAGCAACACUGUUGUAACUGAAAUACCUUCGUCUGAGAAUAAGAUCUCAGAACUUGUUAUUACAAGCUCCGAAGCACCCGCCAAUUCUUCCAUAUCUGAUAAAACUUCUGCAAAACAAUGGACAGAAGAAUUGCCUCGGGUGUCAACUUCAACUAUCAAGGGCAGUACGGUGUCUAAUAUGGUGACUAAAGCUGCUGAUGGAGAUGCUAUUAAAUAUGAUUCCAGUUCUGAUGAAACAUUCAUCAUUGUUAUUCAGGCUGCUGUUAGGAAAUUCUUGGCUGAGAGAGAACUGCUGAGGCUUAAGGGAGUUGUGAAGUUGCAAGCUGCUGUGCGAGGGCAUUUGGUUCGUUGUCAUGCUGCUGGAGCUUUGCGUUGCAUUCAGUCAAUCGUCAAGAUGCAAGCUCUUGUUCGCGCUCGUCAAGCUAACCUGUCUGUUGAAAGAUCGUCUCUUGGAAAAAAGGGGAAACAAGAUUCUACAACCAAACCACAUCCAACAUAUAUCUCCAUUCAGAAGCUACUCAGUAACAGAUUUGCUAGCCAGCUACUGGAAUAUACACCGAGGACCAAACCAAUAAACAUCAAAUGUGAUCCUUCGAAGCACGAUUCAGCUUGGAAAUGGUUGGAGAGAUGGAAUUCUGUGUCUUCUCCUGAAGUUAUGGAGCCACAUUCACGGAGAAAGGAACAAAGCAAGGUUAAUGAUAUGAAAAGCCAGGGUGGAAAACCGAUGCCCCCUAAUUGUGAAUUAACAGAUGUGAAGUUGGAUUUUCUCUCCGAUGAAAACAAAUGUUCAAGUAUUGGAUCACAAAUUGCACAUACCUUAUCUCCUGAGAAGUCUGUAGCGGAGGCUGAACAGCCCAAACGUCCUGCAAAAAGGGUCACCACCGAACAAGCAGAUUCUGAAGGAAGGAAGUCUGGGUUUGGAUCAAGGAAGGCAAGUAAUCCAGCAUUCAUUGCUGCUCAUUCACGGUUUGAAGAGCUGACUUCUAAGAGCAUUUCAUUGAGAUCAGUCGGUUCUUCCAAUCAGGACCACGUGGUGGAUUCCCCUGCAGAUAAUGGUCUUUCCAAUCUUCAAAAUUCAACCCCGACAAGCAACAUUGAACCAGGGGAACCAUUGGUUUAUCAAAGCUUAAGAGUGGGUCAAACUGGUGGCUCAGAAUGUGGAACCGAACUGUCCAUCACAUCCAUGCUAGACUCACCAGAUCCAUCAGAGGUUGGAAACAUUGAAUAUGACAAAGAGGCUAAAGUAAUAGAUAAAGAGGCUGAAGACCAUGCUCUCCUAGGGACUGAGUUGACUCACUCCAUUUCAGUUUUUUCAGAAAAAUAUGAUGGUAACAUUGGUGGUGACAGUGAACAUUCGAAACCCGAUGAUAACACUGAUGUAUCACAACCAUUUGAGGAAAACGCAUCUAAUGCAGACAUUGAGCUGGAACCCGUAACUGGUCGUCAAGUUUACAAGUCUAACAUGCACAAAAAGAUAGAAACUGAGAUGCAUCAUCAGGUGGACAAAUUAUCCCCAGAAGCAUCUCCAAGAAGUCAUAUAACAGCCCCUGAAUCCCAAGAAACACCUUCUAGCCAGAUCUCAACUAACAACAAGAUUAGAACCGAUAGAAAGGUAUCUGGUCAAAAACCCAAGUCGUGGUCAAAUAGUAAGAAGUCCCCUGUAAGCUCUAGUUUAAGAAGUAGCUUGGAGAAUUUGCCUAGAGACCCGAAACCUGGAAAGCGGAGGAAUUCUUUUGGUUCACAAAGUUCUGAUCAAAUUGAUCAGGAACCAAGAGAUAGCAGCAGCAGUAAUUCUAUACCGAGCUACAUGCAGGUGACGGAAUCUGCAAGAGCAAAAGCCCUUGCCAAUAACUCUCCUAAAUCAAGUCCAGAUAUGCAAGGGAAGGAAGCCUACAUGAAAAAGAGACACUCUUUGCCUGCUGCUGUAAAUGGCAGGCAUGGUUCACCUCGUCUCAAGCGAUCCUCACCUCAGGCGCAGCAGACCACAAAGGGAAGUGACAACCGAGCAGAGAGAAAAUGGCAGAAUUAAUGAAAAGCGAUGGCACAUCACUUGUUCGACAGCUAGACGUACGCAAUCUAAUCCUGCACCUUUUCUCCUUCGUAGCGUGAAUCUAAGAGAUAUGUCUGCUGUCUUGGCUCUUUGUUAAUCUUUAAUGGUCUGUCUGCUUGUGUAUUUGUUUGCAAACUUAGUUGUGUGCCAUUUUUGUUCUUAAGAAAUCCUUC